CUGUGGCUGGCUGGCUGGCAACAGCUGACCGUCUCUCAGAUUUCCUUCCUUCCCCCUUUCACUUAAGGGUCUGCCCUGCGUUGUCAAGUGGAGAUGCGGGAACUUUAACGCCGGCAGCGAGCAGAAGCAGCAUUUAACAAACACACCCCCCUACCCCACCCCACACCCUACACACCCCCACCCACACACACAAACACACACCGUCAAGAGCAGCUCUGCCUCCGAGCCCAGCCGCAGACACGGAACAUGUCAGAGCACCGCUUGAUGGUGGAGGAACUCAACGAGCUCUUGGCAAACGACAGCGGCUACUACAGCCUCCCAUCCCAGCACUGCAAUGAAGUUUACUCCAGGAUCUAUGUGGGCAAUGCAUUUGUUGCACAAAAUCUGAUGCGACUAGAGCGUUUGGGGAUAACGCAUGUAUUAAACAGCGCAGAAGGAAACUCGUUUAUGCACGUUAACACCAAUGCCGACUUCUACGCAGGGUCAGGAAUUGUCUACCAUGGAAUUAAGGCCAAUGACACAGAAGCAUUCAAUCUCAGUGCCUAUUUUGAAGAAGCUGCAGAUUUUAUUGACAAGUCAUUAGCACAAAAGGAUGGACGAGUUUUUGUGCAUUGCCGAGAAGGAUACAGCCGAUCACCUACCCUAGUCAUCGCUUACCUCAUGCUGCGACACAAGAUGGAUGUCAAAACAGCUCUCUUAACUGUCCGUCAGAAAAGAGAGAUUGGGCCGAAUGAUGGAUUUCUGCGACAACUCUGUCAAUUAAAUGAGAAACUGGUUAAGGAGGGUAAAAGUAAAUCUUAAAUAACCAUUUUGGAAGUAGCCAGCGCCUGGUGUGAAUUUACAGAUGCCUGAGGUUUUAUUGUACCAAAUGUUGCUUGUUGACUUUAGGGUGAGGACAAAGUUUCAUUGUUUCAAUGCUUUCUUCAGUUAAUUGGCUUUGUUUGAAGUACACUACAUAUAGGGCACGGUCUAAGUGAUCUUAAACACAUCUUUUAAUUGUUUCCAAAUUCUUUGGACCUUUUAAAUCUGCACGUUGUGAUUUAGAACUUUACUGCCUUGGACUCUGACCAAUAUAAAGUGUCAAUCCAAAUACAGAAAAUGGACCAGUAGAAACAGUGUAAGUGUUUGAGUGCUCAGCUUCUGCACUGAGCACAUUUACUUUAAUUGGCAGUAACAGCUAAGUGUACUAAUUGAGUACAGCCAACCUGCAUAUUAAAUCUGGAGGCUGAGCUGAAACUCUUGACAAGUUAGCCCAUUUUGGAAAUGAAUGUCCUGCAUUUAGUCACCAUCAGAUCUGCAGGUGUUGUCUGAUCUUUUCCUGAUUCAGGGCUAGUUUUUCUCCUUGUAUGAAAGGAUGAAAAUCUAGCCUGUACUGUAUUUCUAUAACAGGCAACCAAUGGAUGGUUACAUUUGCCCAUUGGCUCCUCUAAGGAAGUAAAAACAUGACAUGAUCAACAUUUUGCCCAAGUCUGCAGGAUAUUUUCUUCCAACUUACGUGAAUCCUAAAAUGUAUUAAAGUACCUUUCCUGUAUGGGAAUAAAAAAAGGUUUCCUUAUAGUCACAAAAGCACA